UUGGAGACGCCUGGGGUUUUUAGGAAACUACGUAGGAGGUCAUGCGUUUUUCCUUUAAAUGCGUUCUUUUCUUGCAGGCUUUAAGCCUCUAUUCUUUCCUUGUUCAGGGACAAAAACUAGAGGAAAGUAUGGAAGAAGUGAAAAUAGAAGUUUUGCAUCUUCCAGAGAAUUGUUCUUCCAAAAGCAAGAAGGGGGACCUGCUAAAUGCCCAUUAUGACGGCUACUUGACCAACGGCACCAAAUUCUACUGCAGCCGGACACAAAAUGAAGGUCACCCAAAAUGGUUUGUUCUUGGUGUUGGGCAAGUGAUAAAAGGCCUAGAUAUUGCUAUGAUGGGUAUGUGUUCUGGAGAAAAAAGAAAAGUGACAAUACCUCCUUCACUGGCCUAUGGAAAGCAAGGCUAUGCACAAGGCUUUAUUCCACCAGAUGCAACACUGAUUUUUGAGAUUGAACUCUAUGCCGUGACCAAAGGACCCCGAAGCAUUGAAACAUUUAAACAGAUAGAUGUGGACAAUGACAAGAAACUCUCUAAAACCGAGAUCAAUUAUUACUUGAAAAAGGAAUUUGAGAAAGAUAAUAAACCACGUGACCAGUCAUAUCAUGAUUCCGUGUUAGAAGAUAUUUUUAAGAAAAAUGACCACGAUGGAGAUGGCUUCAUUUCUUCCAAGGAAUAUAAUGUAUAUCAACAUGAUGAACUAUAGCAUAUUCUUUCUAAAUUCAUUUGGCUAUUUUGUAUUAUCUACAAAAUUACUUUUUUUCAAAUUUUUGUUUAUUGAUUUUUCUUAUAAGACCACAUUUUGAUAUUUUCACACAUAAUUUCUGAACCUUUUGUCAUUUUAAUAAAAAAUUAUAACAUAUGCUCAAAAACUAGUGGAAAAAAGUAAGAAUUUCAUAUCCUGUGCCUUAUUUAGCGAUGUCUGUGAGAACAGAUUUCAGUAUUUUGAUGAAGCAGCCAACAUCUCAAACUCAGAAUUUUAAAAACUUUUAAUUCAUCAUCUUUCCUCCUAAACUUGCCCUCCUUUCUAGCUUUUUUAUAUUUAUUGAAGACAACAUUGUCCUAGGCACCCAGCCUCAAAACCUUGGAUUCAUAUUUAGAUUUUUUCUUUAGUCUCUAUGUUCAAUUAUUUGCCAAAAACUAUCAUGUCUUUGCUGUAUUUUUCAUGUCUGUUCCCUCCUCCCCACUCCCACUCCCCCACUGCAAAAAAAAACUCAAUAAAUUUAGACUUAAGUAUUAUCUCUUGGAUAAACUAUUGCAAAGGCUUCCUAACUGGUUUUUUUCUCUCUAGUUUCUUUCUUCUCCAACCCAUCCUUUACUCAAAGACUUUAGUGUGACUUCUUUGCUUAAAAAUAAUUUACAUUAA